AUGGCCGCCACCGAGAUGCAAAUGUUGAGCACCGCGGCCGCGAUGCGGCACGCGCUCUCCGUGCUGCUGUCCAUCCAGCUGGGGCCGAUGGAUCUGCGUAAAGUCAUCGCCGAGCUGGAGCUGAAGCAGCGUGACGAAAGUGGAAUGGCGAGUCGAGUUGGGCUCGGAGAUGUCGGGCACCUGCUCGCGCGCUCCAAGUACGACUUCUACGCGCGUGAUGAUGGUGCUCGACCGCAAGCUCGAGCUCGAGAUGCGCGAUCGAUGCUCGCCUCGAUCCUGAUCCGCAUCGCCCUCUCCGACGUCUUCGGCGGCCAGUGCUCGAUUCUGGCGCUCGACGAGCCGACGACAAACCUUGACGUGCAAAAGUUGAUCAUCAUCACCCACGAUGAGAGAUUCGUCUCCACCCUCCGCCGCCAUGCUCGCCCCGAGAUUAUCUACCACGUGGCGAAGGACGUCAACGGGAAGAGCCGGCUGACCCAGGAGCGGAUGAACGCC